UUUCAGAAAUGAUCACUUAAUUGAUUCCUCGGUACUAAUUCGUAGAUCAAAAUGAUAUUAUUAGGCACGAAUAACAAUCUUUACUUGGCAAAAGGAAGCUGCGUCUUGAAAUGUUGCAAAUCAACAAUGAAACUGGCCACUUGUUCCGUCGAAGAAUCUGUUAAUGCUAUCGAAUUGGGCGAGUUCGUUGCUUUCAUCGGAAAAAUUUUGGUAGAAAAUGAGUGUUAUCUGUUGGUUGCUGUUGAAUGUACGCCAGUAGCUACUUAUCCUUGCACGAAUGAUACAAUCAGUCAUAUUGACAGAGUCAUUGCCAUACCAGUGGGAAAAGAUGGUCUGCCUCCUAAGCCGAUUAUGUCUCCGUCAAAAUUGGAAAAGAUUAAAAUGUCGCAGAAGAAGGUAAUACAUUUUGUUACGGGGAAAGGAAAUUCGGUUCGACUGAUCGAUGAAAUUCUACGACUUUUUAAUGGUGGCGACUUCUAUAUUUGUUUCAAAAGAGAUAUAACAUUAAACACCCAAAGUAAUUUUUCCACAAGACGUACAAAUAAAUGGUUCUUUUGGAACUAUGCAUUGCUUUCUGAUCUCUUUGACGAUGAUGGCUUUCCCCAUCCAGGAACUGAAGAAUGGAUCAUUCCAGUAUGUCAAGGCUUCGUCGCUGAAAGAAGGAUAUCAAUUGAGGCUGAGACGAAGUUGAUAGUAACACUGAUAUCAAGACGUUCUAUAAAUUGUGCUGGUGUCCGGUAUCUGAAACGAGGUGUCGAUGAAGAUGGUGAUGUUGCCAAUUUUGUGGAAACUGAAGUAGUGCUAACAGUUUUCGGCCAUUGUCUCUCUUUUGUCCAAAUACGAGGAUCUGUUCCAGUAUUCUGGACUCAACAAGGAUAUCGUUAUCGUCCACCACUUGUGAUAAGCAAAACGUUCAAUGAUUCUUACCCUGCGUUCAAUAAGCAUGUUACAAAAAUGACAAAAACAUAUGGCACACCUUUAACUAUUGUUAAUUUAGUGGAACAAAGAGGAAGAGAAAUGCAGCUUGCAGUGAGCUUUCUGCAACAUAUCCUUUAUAUGAAUUCACCAGAUAUUGCCUAUUUCACAUACGAUUUUCAUUUUCGUUGUCGAGGACUUCGCUUUCACAAGGUUACGGAGUUGGUCUCGGCACUUACUGAGCAAAUUUCUUCCAUAGGUUUUUGCUGGGUUGAUAAAUGUGGCGAAAUAGUACGCCAGCAACAAGGUGUUAUCCGAACAAAUUGUGUAGAUUGUCUGGAUAGGACCAAUGUUGUACAGUGUGCAAUAUCACAAGCACUGUGCCUUCUCCAGGCACAGAAGCUCGGCAUUGUUGGCCCUCAAACAGAAUCCCCACUCGAACUUAUUCAAGCAUUGCAGACGAUGUGGGCUGAUAAUGGUGAUGCCAUUUCGAGGCAGUAUGCUGGUACGGAUGCCUUGAAAGGAGAUAUCACACGAAGCGGUCAACGAAAUUUGGUGGGUAUGGUUAAGGAUGGGUAUAAUUCAGCUUCACGGUACUAUCUGUCUCACAUGAGGGAUGCAGAACGACAGCUUGCAGUUGAUGCUCUCCUGGGAAAGUCAUUGGAUGCAGACGAAUCACAAAGCGAAAAGUUUGAAGGUGAAGAAGAUGAAGAAGAAGUUGAAAGUAUAGGUCGAUUGGUCCGCGAGGCGAUCCUUUUCAUUCUUCCUGAAAAAGAGAUACUCGUUGGCGGAUGGGCCUUGGUUGAAGGAUCAAAUAAUACUGAUCAAAUUGAUAGCGUCUUGGUAUUGACGAAAACGGCUGUUAUAGCUGCUUUCUAUGAUGACGAUACGAAACUCUCGGAUGUAAAGCAUAUCAGUUUCGAUGAAAUCAGAGAUUUAGAAUAUGGCCGGUUGGGCAAAUCAUCAAGAACUCAUUUAAGAUUAUGCUCAAAAUCAGGUGAACUGUUCACCUGGAGAGCAGCAAAAACGCGUUUAUUCAACAAUGUUGCAAUUCUACUCAGGACGGAAGAUGAGGCAGAUGAAUAUAUUCAGGCAAUUGGUGAACAAGUAAAGGUGACAAUGGCGUUAGCUGGAUAUAUUGUCAGUUUUUCUCAUGUUCCAGUAUUGAACAGUCCUAGAAGAACUGAUAGAAACAAAAGAAGAAUGAUGAAUAUGGUGGCAUCGGUUUUCCGGCUGCGAGCUGACUGCUCUGCGAAACCACAGUUUGAGCACGUCACUUUCUCGAAGCCUUAUCUCACUGAUGAUGCAGCAACUUUCUCAGUGGAGAAAAGUAUACGUGCUCCAGACGACAUAAUUUCAAUCAUGAAACACGCUUUACCUGGCGAUUCUGCUGCAAUUGCUGCAAAAUCUGGAAUUUCCAAAUUAAGUGGAAAGAGAGAUGACCGAUCGCAAGAAAAGCAAAACUUGCUUGAAGUAUCGCACAUUUGUCCUUCGAAGUCCGAUGAUCAUCUUGCAGGCAAAACGGAUGAUUUUAUUUCACUGCUCCAUAAAUUUAAAUUGACAACUUCUAGAAGUAAUUAUGCUGUGAUCGCGGAUGUUUCAAACUCUCAGACAGUGGAUUUCUCGAAUAAUCCUUUUUCACAGUAUAGGCAACAAAUUCUUGACUCGAAAUCACGUAUAAUAUUGUUAUAA